GUUCCAUAUUUCUGUGGUAUUUGGGGCAAAGCUUCCAGCUCAGAAGCUUAUGCGAGUUCUGGCACCUUUCCUUCUAACGUUUAACCAGUGUACUGGCACAGAGUAUUUUGAGCGUGAAGGGAGAGGCGAGGCUUAUCAAGUUAUGCUUCUGCACACACCCAACUGAAAGGUGUGCCCAUGUGAGAGAAUGUCUCAGUGAAACUGGGAUGUUUGCAAGACGGUGCAUCACAUUAGACAAAUGAGUGUGCGAGGUUUUGUAGCGGGGAGGUGACAUUCCAUUCUUACACUUUACUGCCCUGUCAUUAAAGGGAGUGUAUCUCUGUGUAUGGUUUUGGCAGCUGCAAACCAGGAGCCCAGGGUCUUGUUUAGGCUUGAAGAGGUGGAGCAAUGGGGAGCAUAGGAAGGCAUAAGAGCUGAGAUCACUUUCCUGAUGUGUUUGGAGACUGGUGCAAGGGCUGGGAGGGUUUGUUCCAGAGUGAAGGCUGCACAUAAAGCUGAAGGGGAUGGAUCGGACAGCUGUUGCCCCUUAGAUGUCAUCCUGCUGGGUGCCCAGCUAGCCUAGGGUCCCCCACAGCCACCCACAACAAACACAAGAAUAUUGGCCUAAAGGACCUUCAACAUCUCUGAACACUGCUGGAUGGGCUCGGAAGACGAUGAGACAAGGCGGUUCGUUGGCCAAUGGACUGUAUCGGAAGUGUGUGCCUGGCUGGACAGCCGACCCUUGGGGGUUCAUGGGGGCCCCCUGCUGGAGACAGCAAGCAACCACGCCAUCUCUGGCAAGGCGCUGCUACGGCUGACAGAAGAGACAAUGGAGCGCAUGGGGAUAGUGCCACAGAGCUUGCGCAAGGUGCUGAUGCAUGAAAUCCUCUGUCUCCGCAUUCAGCAGGAAAUGGAAGACUUGCUGGACAUUACAGAUGGGAGUGACACAAGACUGUCCGCAGCUGAGUGAGAAGCUUUGGAGAGAGCAGGCAGCUCAGUCUAUGUGGAUCCGAGCUUUGUUGAUCUGCAAGGGAUCAAGGACUACAGCGAGAGGAAAGGAUGGAAGUUGCUGGACUUCAGGGCUUAUCUAACAAUGCCUCCAUUACCAGGAAACAGGGAUUUUUUUUUCAAGGAACGACUACUCUGUAUGUUUUCAGGAAGCUGUCCAGCAUGGGUUUUGAUGACUUGAAAAAGAUGCCAUUCCUGUUUGAGCUUUGAGGACUUCUGGGGAGGGGGGGGGGAGGGUAGACUUCUCAGUGGCUUUUGAUACCAUCAAUCAUUAUAUUUUUCUGGACCCCCUAGGAUUGGGAGGUGCCAUUUGGCAGGGGUUCUGGCCCUGCCUGCAAGACAGGUUUCUGAAGGCAGUGCUGUACUCCUUUCAGUUUGCUCCUGUUGUAAGAGUUCGUCUCUUGCUGUUUCCAUUGCAGAGAUAAAGGGUUCAACAAAGCUAAAGAUGGACUUAUAGAAAUAGACACUUCAGAAUUCAGGACCUAAUGUAUGGCAGCAACAGAUUAUGACGUUACUGUGCUGUAGUGAUUUACCAGUUGCCAUUUAAAAAGGAUCUCCUAUGGCCGUGAUGGCGAACCUAUGGCACUCCAGAUGUUCGUGGACUACAAUUCCCAUCAGCCCCUGCCAGCAAUUGACCAUGAACUUCUGGAGUGCCAUAGGUUCGCCGCCACUGUCCUAUGGCAUGGGGGGGAGGGGAGAAAUGGCUGCCAUGAGGGCAGGAUAUGAAAAAAUGUACAGCCUCUGAUCCAUAUGGUCUGCCAGGACACUUUGACUGUGAUCUUUCCAAAAAGUUUGUAUCAAACCAGGUUGGUGGAAGAUUGCAAAGCAGGAGUAAAUCCAGUGGAUAAUUUUAGAGGAUAACAUUGUGAGGAUGUUUCCCUCUUCCCCCAAGUCCAGUCUGGAUGCCAAACUACAGCAAAACCUGCAUGUGAAGCCACUGAAAUGUGCUUCAAGGUCCCCAAAUCACUUUUAAAACAUUCUGUAAAGCGCUGAGAAUUCCUUCAUUUGAAAUUAAUAAAAUAUCUUUAAGCGGCCCUGACCUGAAAGGCCCUGGCUAACCCAGUUUCAUCAGAUCUCAGAAGAUAAUCAAGGUCAGUAUUUAACUAGGAAGUCCAGGGCUGCCUUGCAGAGGCAGGCAAUGGCAAACUACCUUAGCUAAUAUCUUGCCUUGAAAAUCCUAUGGGGUUGCUCUAAAUCAACUGCAACUGGAUAGUACUUUCCACCACCAUUUUUAUGCAUACCAUGUGCAGUCUUUUCUGUUUUCGCCUCAGCAUAGCUACAUUUAAAUGGGGUGGGGGGAAUCCCUAGUCAUCAUUUACACUUCUAAAGGAGAUGUAUAAUUGCUAACUUAGAUUAAGUUCAUUGAAGGAACAGCUACCAUGUUCAGGGGCAAUUCCGGAACCACUGCUGUGUUGAGGAGCAGGAUAUGAUUUACGUUAGAAUGAAGAAGUCUUUAAGUAGCAGUUCAUAGCCAAAAAGCUAUUUGGGUCAUUCGAAAUUGUUGUGCUAUACAGCUGAACUUAUUCACCCAACACAUCCCAAGCAGUACUCAAGAGGCGGCAUAUGAAUUCCCUGAAAGCAAGUUGGAAGGACCUGCAUGCACUUUCUCCAUCCUAGAGACUCCUAGAAACUCAGUUGCCCCUUCAUCUUCUUCCAGUUCUAUAGGAACAUCUAUUCCUUGUACCACCUUGGUUUUAACCCUAAAAGCAGUUUCUUAUUUUUAAGAAUUCAGAAGAGAGAUCUUUAAAAAGCUUGG